AUGGAAGAUAACUUUACUCACCACCGUCCUGUCCCGUCUCGACGGUCAUCGGACCAACGGCAGAAGCCUCCCCAAUGUCCCCCCGAGCCGAGCAGUGCGACGCUUCCACCUCUCCGGCCUUCCAACCUCACCCCGCGCCGAUAUCAUAUCCCACAAGGUAGCAUAUCACGUUCUCGCGGUGCCGAGGCCGGGUAUUCUCUACAUAGCACGAACGGAAGUCAGCAAUCGCCAGCUUCUCAGGCAGCGCUUCGAGGGCUCGGUAGCUCCUCAGCAGCUUAUCAGCAGACUCCAAGAACUCUAUUUCCUGGAGAUUCAAACCUGGCUUCUUGCGGUCCGAUUGAUUCACCAUCGCACUUUGCACCGAAGGCUACAGUCCAGGUCGCCGACAGCCUGUUCGUCGACCAAGGUCGUUUACAUCGCGGUAAUCCGCUGCUAGACAACCUUUCUGAACACAUUCACACGCCUUCGUCGCCUUUGAGAAUUCCGUCGUCUCCCAACGGCGACCAUAUUGCGAAUCUUAGAUUUCAGGACAAACUGCAGAGUCGGGCCUUCAAAACUGGCUUCUUUCCAGACCCUGAAGAACACGAGAGUCCCGGAAGCACCAACAGAAUACCGGUAGAGGUAACCGCCUUAGCCAAUGAAGAGAAUAAUGCCCUCCAGGAGGGACUUGCAGCAAUCAAGGUGUCCGGAUUCAUACUUGAAGAUGAUAUCGAAGAAGGCUGCCAUGCUUCUAGCAUGAAUAAAGUGAAGCACACACGAAGUACAGCUAUGAAGCCCAAAACAAGUGUCCGCCCUCGCGCAUCACCACUAUCUUCGAUUCUAGUCAGUCAUGAUGCCGAGUCACAGAGUCUUCCCAAGAAACAGUCAGCGCAGAAUUCUGCAGCACGCCCGCGAUCGAGCUCCACCCAUGGCACCGGUCAAGGGAACGCUGUGGCUACCGCAAAGAAUUCGACCGUCUCAAGAAGCUUCAGUCUGAAGUCCCAUAUGAUGGCCAAGGCACACAAGCCUUCAAUCCGAGUUGUUACCGUUCCGCAGCGAAGCAAGCCAACCCGUCGAGCACAACGUCGAUCUUUCCCCACAACACCAAGCAAGAAGCCGAAAGUCUUGAAUCAGCGUAGAACGGACCCCGACACCUUGAGCCUGGUGGCCAUCAAGAAUUUACCAGGCCCCUUGUACGAACCCGAGCGCCCCAUGUCUGGGUUCGACAACAAUAAACUUAAGAGUCCUACACUCUCUAUGUCGACAACAGCGGAUGCAUCCAGCUAUGUUAAAUCACCAACAUCACCCUUAUUCCAGUCUCGAAAACUUGGCUGCGAUACCCAUGAUCCUGCCUCGGUCAAGCCACCAAUUGCCCAAAACAAAAUGUAUCACCCUAUGACCGGUAACCGCUGUCCUAUGUCAGAAGGUGAAGAACUGGCUCGCCGUCAGCAGGCUACAACCUCGCAGUAUAAGGACCGGCAGGCAGGGGGCUCACACAUGCCUAGUCGCAUAGGACGAGCACAAGUGCACCCAGGAAAUAACCCGGCAUCAUCUGAAAGACAGCUCGUCGAGGGGCUCAGAUCUCCCGGUGGUUGGCACACGCGGAACCCCAAAAGAAGCGUCUCGUGUGUCCUCUCCCCGAAGUCGAUUCAGGAGCAAGAACCAGAGAAGAAGCGCAUACGUGACAAAGAGGCGUCGCUUCGCACUGAAGUAAACAAUCGCCAACGGACUAAGGGGUCCGGUUGGGCGACAUCGUCUCACAGAAAUAACCCUACACCUCGAAACCCAGUCGCCGAUGUAUGGGAAACCCCUGAGGUGUACGUCGAAAGCGUCGAGGACCAUGUCAAGACCCUCCACAGAGCCAUCGGACCGAUGAAGAGGCAGAGAUUGGAAGGAAUGGCCAGAUUGAAUAUGCAGAGAAAGUUCAAGAAAGAGCAGCACUCCGACGACGGUUCCCCAGCCCUUUCGAGCACAGCGGCCACGACGAAACGAGCAAGUGGUCUUCCAAAAUGA